UGGGCGGGUCUCUUUUCUCUCUCGGAUGCAGAUCAGUUGAUUCGGGCUGCAGCGGACUGAUCUGCACCCUAACAUGGAGGUCGGUGAAGCUCAGGACCGACAGCUGCUGCUCGCAGAGAAGAGGAAGUGGCAGACGGAGAUUGAGAACAAGAAGCGACAGCUGGAGGACGACAAGAGAGCGCUGCAGCAUCUGAAGUCGAAGGCUCUGAGGGAGCGCUGGCUGCUGGAGGGAGCGGCUCCCGGGCCGGAGCAGGACGACCGGAGGAAACAGCUGCAGCUCGACGAGGACAAGACCAGGAGUCUGGAGGAGAACAUAUGCAGGUUGGAAGAGGAGCUGCUUAGUCUGGAAAAUGGAGGCGUGUGUGAGACCAUAACACACACUACUGUUUCAUCAGGAUCAGUUAAAGAUGUCGAGGUCAAAGUCCACAGCGUCCCUAAGCAGGACGAGGAUCAGAUCAUUCAAGCCCCUGCAGAGGUCAAAGUUCACAAAAGCCCACGGAUGAACAAACCGAGGGAGGAGACGGAGGAGAUGAAGAGAGCCAUGUACUCGGUGGAGAUUAAAGUAGAGCGGGACAAAGUGACGGGGGAAACACGGGUCCUCUCCUCUAACACCACACUUCCUGUUGACCUCUCUCACCACGGGGUCAAAGUGUACGAGGACGAGCGGAAAGUGGUCCACGAGAUGAACGGAGAUGACGGCGUCCAGCUGCUCAGCUUCUCUCAGGUGGAGGAGCUUAUCUUUAAAGCUGACGAGGCCUCGGUGGUCUCUCACACCGGAGACACCGUGACCUCCCUCCCCACCGCGGAGGUCCAGGAGGAAGAGGAGGAGGAAGAGGAGGAGGAGAAAGAGGAGGAGGAGGUCCAGGAGCCAGUGGAGAUCCCGGGGGUGGAGGCACAACCGAUUGUCGAGGUCAACGUGGAGGAGGCGAGCGCAGAAAACCCGGUCACGAUGGUGUUCAUGGGGUACCAGAGCGUGGAGGAUGAAGACGAGACGAAGAAGGUUUUGGGCGUUCAGGGCAGCGUGAAGGCCGAGCUGGUGCUCAUCGGCGACGGGAAAACAUCACCAGACGAAGCCAAAACACCGACUCUUCCUCCGCCUGCUUCGCCCAAACCGACAUCUGCUUCCCCCGCCGAAACGCCCGCCAAAACGCCCGUCUUCACCGACUUGCCGCCCGCUAAUAAACCCCAAGAGGAGGCCACCAUGACGCCGAGUAACGGGGGAACGCCGGGCGAAACGAGUGAGGUGCAGGAGAUGAAAAAGGAGAAGCAGCCGUGUAAGUGCUGCAGCAUCAUGUGAUCCUGCAGGAGGCGUCAAAAACUAAACUCCACCCACUGCCUCAGCCUAACAACAUGACUUCAUUUCCUGCUGUUUUAUAAAACCUUUCUUUACUUUUUCUAUUUCCUUGAAGCCUUUUUACUUUUGUACUCCUCAUGUUGAUUAGCUUAGCGUUAGCAUUAGCCAUGCAGUCAUGAGACCUGUACGACUAACCUCCUCCUCCUCCUCCUCUCUCUCUCUCUCUCUCUCUCUCUCUUUAUAAGCUACAUCAUAUGAAAAAGUGAAUUAAUUUUAGACUUGUAUUUAUUUGAUUUUGUAUGUUUCUCCAGCAGAGUCACAUGAUUCUGUUUGUCGGAGAGUUUCAGCUUUGCUUUUGGUUUUAUAAACGAGAAAAUAAAGUGAGCUGACAGAUGA